UUGCCUGUUCAGUAUCAUGUGUUAUGCUCACCUUCUUCUGUAACAAUGGAGCAAGAAUUGAUCUUAUUGGAUCUGUGGGUUAGCCCUUAUACAGCCAGAGUGAAAAUUGCCUUGGCUGAAAAAGGGUUAGAGUAUGAAUCCAAUGAAGAAGACUUGAGCAACAAGAGCUCACUGCUUUUAGAAAUGAACCCAGUCUAUAAGAAAGUCCCUGUCUUGAUUCAUAAAGGGAAACCCAUAUCUGAAUCACUCAUCAUAGUUCAAUACAUAGAUGAGGUCUGGAAUCACAAGUCACCUUUGUUGCCAUCUGAUCCUUACGAGAGGGCGCAUGCCAGGUUUUGGGCUGAUUUUGUUGAUAAAAAGAUUCAAGGUGCCAGUUAUCGGCUCUUUUGUGCACCGAGUUUCAGUGAAGAGAAAGAAGCAGCUGAACAGGAGUUCAUUGAAUGUUGUAAAGUGAUGGAAGGUGAGCUUGGGAAGAAGCCCUACUUCGGAGGAGAGACAUUUGGGUUUGUAGAUAUUGUAUUGAUUACCAGCUAUAGCUACCAUCAUGCCCAUGAGACUUUGGGGAGCUUCAGUCUGGUGGAAGAGUUUCCCAAGCUCACAGCAUGGGCUAAGAGAUGCUUGGAGAGGGAGAGUGUGUCCAAGUCUUUAGCUGACCCCAACAAGACCUAUGAAUUUAUCUUACAAAUACGUAAGGAGAAGGGAUUAGAAUGAUUUGAGGAUUAUCAACGUUAAUCAUUAUGUUCUAUGUCCGUAAUUAGGGAAAUCCUAUCUAGACAAAAUCCAUUAUAGGUUCGAUACAGAGAAAUACGGUGUGUAGAUUCCACAAGUAUCUUGAAACAAAAUAAAGUGUAUUUGAAUAAGAAAAUUUCUAGAUGUAGAUUUAAAAUUAUGGCCAUAUUGAAUGAGAUUUCCUUUUGUUUACUGUCGGAAA